AGCGCGGGGCGGGGUGGGAGGUUCCCACGGCGGAGGGGAAGAUGGCGGCGGCCGUAGUGCUGGCCGCUGGGCUAUGCAUGGCGCGCCGGGCGCUGGCGGUUGCACGGCCGUGGGGGGCGCAGGUCCGAGGAGCUGCAGGUGUGACUGAUGGGAAUGAAGUGGCCAAGGCCCAGCGGGCAGCUCCUGGGGGAGCAGCCCCAACCAUCUUCUCCCGGAUCCUGGAUCGAAGCCUCCCAGCUGACAUUCUAUAUGAGGACCAGCAGUGUCUUGUAUUCCGUGAUGUGGCCCCUCAGGCUCCUGUGCACUUCCUGGUCAUUCCUAAGAAGCCCAUUCCCCGGAUUAGCCAGGCUGAAGAAGAAGACCAGCAGCUUUUAGGACACCUUCUCCUUGUGGCAAAGAAGACAGCAAAGGCUGAAGGACUGGGAGAUGGAUACCGACUUGUGAUCAACGAUGGGAAGCUGGGUGCACAGUCUGUGUAUCACCUGCACAUUCAUGUACUUGGGGGCAGACAGCUCCAGUGGCCUCCAGGUUGAACCUACCAAAGGACCAAGGACCCCAGACCUGGAUGCUUGGACGGGGUAGGGAAAUAACAGGACCCAGUGAUGCCAAUAAACUUGUUCUCCCUCAA